AAGGUUCUCACGUGGCGUCCUGGGGGCAGUCAUGUGCUCAGACUGUCACGUGAUCUCUCGCGGUUGAGGCGAGCCGAGGCUGAAGGGGGAAGAUGGCUGGACUGGAGGAAGAGGAGGAGGCGCUGCUGGGCGAGGAGCCGCCGGCGAGCAAGAUGUGCCCCCUCUGCGGAAGCCGCUCCCGGCGCUGUGCGACCCGCGGCGCCUGGUUCAUCGGCUGCUUGUCCUGGCGCUGAUGUGCUUCUUGGGGUUCGGCAGCUAUUUCUGCUAUGACAACCCAGCAGCUCUGCAAACACAAGUUCAAGGGGAUAUGAAAGUGAACACUGCUCAGUUUAUGGCAUUGUACGCCUGGUAUUCCUGGCCAAAUGUAGUCCUCUGUUUCUUUGGAGGCUUUCUGAUAGACAGAGUAUUUGGAAUAAGGUGGGGAACAAUAAUAUUUAGCACCUUUGUCUGUGUUGGGCAGGUGAUCUUUGCUUUAGGAGCAGUAUUCAAUGCUUUUUGGCUGAUGGAAGCUGGACGGUUUGUAUUUGGGAUUGGUGGGGAGUCCUUAGCAGUGGCCCAAAACACCUAUGCUGUCAGUUGGUUUAAAGGAAAAGAAUUAAAUCUUGUGUUUGGACUGCAACUCAGCAUGGCUCGGAUUGGAAGCACUGUGAAUAUGAAUAUCAUGGGAUGGGUGUACUCCAGAAUACAAGAUCUGCUGGGGUCUACAGGUCACACGACUCUUGGCAUAGUGCUCUUGAUAGGUGGUGUAACAUGUAUCUUUUCAUUACUCUGUGCUCUCGUUCUUGCUUAUUUGGACCGAAGAGCUGAGAAAAUUCUUUCUAAAGAGCAGGGGAAAAGUGACGAAGUGAUUAAGCUAACUGAUGUAAAAGAUUUCCCGUUAUCCCUGUGGCUCAUAUUUAUCAUCUGUGUUUGUUAUUAUGUGGCUGUCUUCCCAUUCAUUGGACUUGGAAAGGUUUUCUUCAUUGAGAAAUUCAAAUUUUCUCCCCAAGAAGCAAGUGCAAUCAACAGCAUUGUGUAUGUGAUAUCAGCACCCAUGUCCCCUGUCUUUGGAUUCCUAGUGGAUAAAUUCGGAAGGAACAUUUCCUGGGUUAUAUGUUCUGUAGUGAUUACUCUGGCUUCUCACAUCAUGUUGGCCUUUACUUUCUGGAACCCUUGGAUUGCUAUGUGUUUACUGGGAGUUGCUUACUCUCUGCUUGCCUGUGCCUUGUGGCCCAUGGUGGCUUUCGUGGUCCCUGAACACCAGCUUGGAACUGCCUAUGGAUUUAUGCAGUCAAUCCAGAACUUGGGUCUGGCGGUGAUUGCCAUAGCUGCUGGUACGAUCUUGGAUUCCCGAGGAUACCUGUUCCUAGAAAUCUUCUUCAGUGCUUGUGUGUGUAUGUCGCUCAUAGCUGUUGUCAUGCUGUACUUCGUGAAUCUCAUCCAAGGGGGUGACCUUAACUGGUCUGCAAAGAGAAGGGAAAAGUUUCAGAAGCUGGCCGUGUCUGAAUAAGAAAUCUGAAUAGGAAAUAUCCUGAAUUGAGGGAUCACUUUGGUCAGCAGCAGGUCCAAUGGAAGAGUGUUGCAAAGGGUGUGCGCAUGCGUCUUAACAGCUUGAUGGAAAAUACAGUAAGGCCUGUUGGACGUGCACAGAUUGGUCAAACUUGCAUCGUUUUUGAAGGAGCCGGAUGGCAGCUAGCACAAAUCAUGUUUGUGCACCCAUGCCUCAUUGAAGAGCGUUGGCUACUACUGAACUGAAGUUGAUCUCUUCGAAAUGUAGCUGGAGCUGUUCUUUGUUACUUCAGCAAUGCAUUAAAUACUUUUAUCUUUCCUUUGUGGAUUUUUCACCUGGUACAGGAACGGUUGAUUCUUGUGCAUUUCCCUUAUGUGCUAAGAGAAGGUUACCUUUCAAAAUGUGGUGUUUCUUAAUUGGUCACUGCAAAGGUUGCACUUUACUAAAUCAUGGUAAUGAGUUUCAGCCCCAUAAGUGUGUUAAAUGAAAUCCUUACAGUGAUGGCUUCAUAACAGUGGUGGUAACGGUAGAGCGACUGGCCAAAUUCAUUGAACUGUCUGUACAAGAAAUAAAACCUUGGUCUGUCAAUCAACCUCAUGGCUUCAGGAGACCCACCUCCUUUUUGGGUUUUUUUUUUUUUACUGGUACUGUAUUCUUAAAGUUGUUAACGGCAAAGAACAUAUGGAAACUUUGUUUUUGCCCUGAAAUUUUGAUAUUUAUAAAUAAAUACUGGAGAAGG